CAAACCGACGAGCAUGUUCUUCAAGCCCAGCGAGUACAGCAAGAAAAUAAAGCUUGGCACAAGGUGUAUGAUAGCUAGCGCGAUUAAGACGCUAAAAGAUCUGAGACCUAAGCUGUCUAACGCGGAGUGGAGCUGGUUCACGGAGCAUCCCCAAUUCAAACACAUUUUCCACAUGAAGACGGAGAAUAACCAUAGGGUACAUGGGAUGUGGAUGUUGUUGUUGCGUACUGCUGGUAGCGAGAGGCAGAGAGAGAGGUGGUUUAUAGUGAAUGGGGUUGCUAUCCGUUACGGGCUGAGGGAGCAUGGUUUGAUAUCUGGCCUAUUCUGUCACAACUAUCCUCUCGGCUACAAACAGCUUGGUGGGACGAGGUUUGUUGAUCGUCAUUUCAAGGAAGGAGAAUCUAGAAGGUUAGAGGAUGUUAAGAAGAAGCUGGUGAACAUGGGACCCCACAAAGACAGACUGAAGAUGGCGGUUCUAUUCUUCUUAGCUUCGGUUGUUUGUGCGCAAACCAAGGCUGGACACAAGGCUAAUGAUGUUUUGGAGGUGUUCCAGAGAGCAGUGGACGAUCUUGACUACUGCAAGUCCUUUCCGUGGGGGAGAUUGUCAUAUGAUUACAUGCUGAAAGAGAUAUCUCACACAAUGGAGCAUUUUGGAGGAGUGGUGAAAGAGAAAACAUUAUGGCCGCUUCCAGGAUUUUGUGUUCCAUUAGAGCUUCUUGCAUUCGAGGCAAUUCCCAAGCUAGGAGUUGCGUUCAGAGAGCCUGUUGAUGGAGCUUCUCCCAACUGUCCGAGGAUGUGUAAGAGCUCAUUCAAAAGAAAUGGAUCCACAGGGGUGUCACUUGCUGUGAUAAACAAGGAACUGGGUAACACAACUGUUAUUGACAGCAUCAUCCCCACCAGAACUCCACAAGAAGAAAGACUGUUGGAUGAGAUUUUGGAAGAUGAAGACGACGUUGAUCAAUCCGAUAUAGCUGUGGACAGUUGGGAGAAGUGUCUGGAUGCAGGUGAAAAGAUAUUUUUUAAAGACAUGUUCGACGAAGAUGUAGCUGGGCGUUCAAAACAGCCAGAACCGAUUGAAGAUGCAGCAGGGGAUGGAGUACAGAUAGGUGAGCAGUCGGUUCAAGUGGGAGAUGUUAUGACGUUGGUGACGUUGGUGAAAAAGACAAUGAAACUGUUGAAGACAGUUGACAAGAAGGUGGACCAGUUGGAUGGGAGACUGGACCAGUUGGAUGGGAGAUUGGCCCCUAUUGAGGAGUUUGUCAAGGAAGCACAAGGCAAAGAAGCAGAGGUAGAUGAAGCAGAAGCACACGGGAAAGGUAAAAGCCAGAAACGCAAGAGGUCUGUGGGUAAAGGCAAGAAGUGAAGCUAUGUUUAUCUAGUUUGUUGUGGAUUUAGAUCUUUGGAUGUUUAUCUAGUUUGUCUUUGUGGAUUUAGAACUUUAACUAUGUUAUGACUAUCUUGUUAUGACUAUUUUGCUCCUUUAAUUUUGUUAUGUGUUGACCAUGAGAGUUAAAGUGAGAGCUACAAAUUGUAGGUAUUAGCUUAAAAUGAUUGGACAGAAUACAAACUUUUUUAAAAUUAACAUGAGAUAAUAUGAGAUGAGAUUCAAGACAUGAGAUAAGGGUUCUAACAUUAGAUAAGAUUCAAGACUAGCUUCGAAUAUAACAUAAGUUUUGACAGA